CACGGUCUAUUUAAUGGGCCGGCCCAGAUUCAAGUGGCCGACGUCCUGCCGGCAUCUUCUACACUUGCUCCAGAGUCCAACCCCAGAACAGAAGAAACCAGCCGAGAGACGACGAUAGAUUCUUUCUUUGCAGUGAUUUGACCGCUGAUGCAUCCUUCAAAUCCAAGUUUCUUCUUCAUUGAUCCAACCGUUUUUCUCUAUCUUCUUCCCUGAAAUACAGUGUUUCCAUUCGGACUGUAGCAUUUUAUCUGCACUUUUUUUUCUUUCCGGAAUCUAGAUCUAAGCUUACUGUAGAUUCUUUGGUUGUUUUUGUUCGCUUUUCGCGAAGAGUGAUUGAUUGAAUUAUCCGGUAUGAAAGAAGCAAAACCGGUUAAGUUCAAUCUUCAUCAGCAUCAAGAUCAUCAGAAUGGUCAUUUGGCUCCAUUCAAGCUCGCUAAAUUAAUCGAUCCAGAAGCCUCCUGGGACAAGGAUCAACUGGGAGAUGUUUUGCACUGGAUUCGACAAGCAGUGGCCGUUGUACUUGGACUGUUGUGGGGUUCCAUACCUUUGGUUGGAGGCAUUUGGUUUCUAAUUUUCUUGGCGAUAUCAACCAGUGUUGUAUAUGGAUACUAUGCAAUGAUAUUAAAAGUCGAUGAAGAAGAAUUUGGAGGUCAUGGAGCUCUCCUUCAAGAGGGCCUUUUUGCUUCUAUAACUCUCUUUCUGCUUGCUUGGAUUCUCGUAUACAGUUUGGCACACUUUUGAUUGGCGAAGAAUGAUCUGACAUCCUGAAAAUUACUUGGUGAAGUUCCAACAAUGAACUUGGUCAUACUCGAUGCCCUGCUUAUUUACAAUUGCUUCUAAUUGGUGGCACGGAUUUUUUUUAUCAUUCAUCAUGUGAACAAAUUGAUUUAGAAGGGCAGGAAAACUUUAUAACUUCUGAUAUAUGGUGAUAGAUUGAUAUUCGAUCUCAAAUUCAUUGUUGACAUUCUCCAAAGGCCACAUAGAGAUGGGCUAUGGAUGCUGGUUAAAAUUAUCACCUUGUAUUGCAUCAAUUAAUAGUUAUUCAGGCACCAAUAAUGUUGUGUACAUUUGAUGAUCUUAAGUAAUGGUUUCUUUUCCCCUGCACCA